GGAAACUAAGUAGGAAACAAGAAAUGGGCUCUGCAGGUUUCUUCUCAUCUGAGGUCACUGCUCUUUUCUUUCUCAUGCUCUUCCUUGCUGUGACGAGCGUCGAAGGAGCGCUCUUCUCCAGUCUUCAAAGGACUCUGAUAGUGUCUGCGUCAACCAAAGAAGGCGAAGUAAUGAAAGCUGGAGAAGACAAAUUUACAGUCUCAUGGGCACUCAACCGAACAAAGUCUACGACAGGCACAGACUCUUCACACAAAAAAAUCAAAGUGAUGCUAUGCUACGCCCCAGUGAGCCAAAAGGACCGAGGGUGGAGAAAAACAGUCGACGACCUCGGCCUAGACAAGACCUGCCAGUUCGAAAUCACCACCGAACCCUACACCGCAUCGAACACGAGCUAUGAGUACAUGAUCAAGCGUGAUGUGCCGUCUGCUACUUACUUCAUCAGGGCUUAUGUGCUCGAUGCUAAUGAUAAAGAGGUUGGCUAUGGGCAGACCACUGAUAAAGCGAAGGGUAGUAAUUUGUUUCAGGUUGAGGGUAUUACAGGGAGAACUGCGUCUCUUGAUAUCGCUGCAGGCUGCUUUUCGGCGUUCUCGAUUUUAUCGCUGGUGUUCUUCUUUGUUAAGGAGAAGAGGAUGGGCAAGAAGUGAUUGUGUUGCUUUUUGUUUUGUUACGUUAAAGAUAAGAUGCAUGUUAAAGAUGCAUGUAUAAGAUACAGUUCGUUCUGUUAAAUGAGCCACUAAGAGAUGGACAAAUGAAGCUUAUGCGUUAGUCAUUAUUAGCAACAAAAUUCUGUCGUUCCCAUCUCUUUUCGAC